AUGGCCCUGAUCACGACGUACGUCUCCAUGUGGACGGCCGCGUUGCUCGACUACUCGGCGCAGUGGUUCCCUGCGCCGGCGGUGCCAGCGCCGCCAGCGCCGCUGCCCAACGCUUCGAUCGCUCUCGACAUGCUGUGCAUGUGUCGGUCGUUUGCGACGCCACAAUCGCACCUCGCCGACCAACUAAACCGUACGCAGUGCGCGGGCCUGGGCUUUACAGACCGGUGGACGAUCGACACCAACAUGUCGCACCUCUCGCCGUCGGCGCCGCCCGUCUUUGUCGACGGCAAGGAGCUCGUGGUCGGUGGCACGCUGCGCGCAAUGGUCUUUACGAGCUCGGACACGGAUGCAAUGGUGGUCGCCUUUCGGCACCAAGAAGGCGACGGCCUUCUCGACAGCGAACUCUGGGAGGCCAUGGGCCUCUUUGGGCGCAACUUUGUGCAGCUGAGUGCGCCGUCGAUGCUCACGUACGGCUCGCUGCUCGACUAUGCGAGCCGGUACGUUCAGUACCUCAUCUUUGGCGCGCGCCACGUGCUCGGCGCUGACUUUGUGCCGCUGGCCAUUGCGUUUACAAACGAGAUGCGCCGCACGUAUCCGCACCGGUCGCUGCACUUCACCGGCUACUCGCUCGGCGGCGCACUCGCACAGUUGGCGGCGAUCCGGUUUGACGCGCCCGCGACGACGUUUGCUGCGAAUGGCAUUUUGGAUCUUCUCCACUUGUACCAAUUGCACCCAUCCAACUCGGUGCGCACGCAUGUCAACUAUGCCCACGCCAGCGAUUUCGUGCCGAAACUGGACUGCCAGAUUGGCACGCUCGUGCUCGAUCCCACGACGACGGGCUCGGACGACCCGGCCGCGACGCACAAGGCGUUUGUGUAUGGGCCCACGGCAUGGACCAUGCUGCAUUCGCCGCUCACGGCGACGUCGGGACGGCUCUACAGCCAAGACCACGGGUACUGCGUGGACAAUGCAUUUGCCCAUGCGCCAGGCGCGGCGUCGGUCCUCGACGGCACACUGCAGCGUCUCUCGGCGCAUCUCGUGUCGACGAUGCUGGUCGCGUGCUUUGCAUGGUGGGUGGUGCGCCGCUUGUAA